AUGGCGUACUCCACCGUGCGGAGGGUGGCCCUGGCCUCGGGGCUCGUCCUGGCCGUGUCGCUGCUGCUGCCCAAGGCCUUCCUGUCCCGCGGAAAGCGGCAGGAGCCGCCGCCGGCGCCGGAAGGAAAGUUGGGUCGAUUUCCACCUAUGAUGCAUCAUCACCAGCCACCCUCAGAUGGCCAGACCCCCGGGGCUCGUUUCCAGAGGUCUCACCUUGCAGAGGCAUUUGCAAAGGCCAAAGGAUCAGGUGGAGGUACUGGAGGAGGAGGUAGUGGAAGAGGCCUGAUGGGACAGAUUAUUCCAAUCUAUGGUUUUGGGAUUUUUUUGUAUAUACUGUAUAUUCUAUUUAAGCUUUCAAAGGGGAAAACUGCUGCAGAGGAUCGGAAGUGCUAUACUACCACAGCUGGAAACACCCACAGGAAAAUUACCAAUUUUGAGCUUGUUCAACUGCAAGAAAAACUGAAGGAGACAGAGGAAGCUAUGGAAAAAUUAAUCAACAGAGUGGGACCUAAUGGUGAGAGCAGAGCACAGACUGUGACUUCUGACCAAGAAAAACGGUUGCUGCAUCAGCUCCGAGAAAUCACCAGGGUCAUGAAAGAAGGAAAAUUCACUGACAGGCCCACUCCAGAGAAAGAAGCUGAGGAGGCCCCUUACAUGGAGGACUGGGAAGGUUACCCUGAAGAGACUUAUCCAAUUUAUGACCUUUCAGAUUGCAUCAAGCGUAGGCAAGAAACAAUCCUGGUGGAUUACCCUGACCCCAAGGAGCCCUCUGCUGAAGAACUAGCUGAAAGAAUGGGAGUGCUGGAAGGUGAAGAAUCAGACCAUUUGGGUUGGGAAAUGCGCACUGACCCCAGCACCCGGGAAGAGAAUUCUGUUACCUCAUGUGACCCAAAGCCACAAACCUGUUCCUGCUGUUUUCAUGAAGAGGAUCCUGCGGUCUUGGCAGAGAAUGCUGGAUUUGGUGCAGACACUUACACUGAGCAAGAGGAAACCACCAAAGAAGUAUGGCCCCAAGACUUCAGAGAUGAAGGCCUGGGCAUCAGCCCUGAUAAAGUACAUACAGGUGGCACGUUGAGGAAGCGGAACCCCCAGGUUCUGCUUUAGUUGGUUUCCGGAAGUAUCCAUUACUCUAGUUCCAAGGUGACCUUUCUCUCCUCUCUGAUUUCAUCCUUGGCCCUGUGCCCUGAAUUUCAUUCUGUAUUUAAAUAUUCUAGCUAAUCAGGCCACUACCAUGGAUAUCCUUCCUGGUGCUCACACACCUGUCACCUUGUAAAACACCAUAGCAAUUAGUAUGAACACAGUACAGCUUCACUCUUCAUGCCUUUCUUCCACCAGAGAGUUGAUCCAUUGAGUAAUUAUGUUUGAUCUGUUGGGCACUCAGGGGCAGGGGUCUGACUUCGUGCUAGGAGUAGCAGAUGGUUUACCUGUGAACAAACAUUAGUUUACAUGUGAUGAGGACUUAAGGCUGCAAAAGUGAAGAUUAUAGAGUCCAGGAUGCCUUACUCUGUGGGCCUUGAGCAGGUUAGUGGUCCCCUGGGUUCAAGAAGAGAACAUUUUGUUAGUGGGUAUGAUGGGGCCAGAGCAGGGUAAGACUCUGCUGUGUGAACUGAAGAAGCGCCUUCCUCACAGUGAGGGCCUUUUGGGGAGCAUUGUUGCUGCCUCAGAUACCCGCUUUUCUCCAGAGUAGCAGAAGGCUCCCAGUGACCUGUGAAUGAGCCCAGAGACCAGCUGGGGGACUGUUACUCUGGUAUUGCUGGGUCUUUAGCUUCCUUUAUACCUGUUCUGUUUGACAGAACUGCCAACCCAGAAGCACCAUUGUACCUCUGGCCUUCAGUGGCCAGAGGAAGCUUUAAAUAGAGACUUUAAUCCUUGCCCUGCAGAGCCAAGGUUGGAGGCUGGGAAGGCUACACAAAAGCCUGUGUAAGGGUGGUGGACCUCCACGAGGCGGUCAGACCAGAGAGCGAGGGGUGGGAGAGAAUCCAUGUACUUAAGGACAGCUAUUUCUAAAUGUUGUGCCCUCUGGGAAAUUUGUUCUUACCACAUGAAUUGAAACAGAAAUGAGGAGGACUGAACUCCUAGACAAAGUGCCGGGCCGAAAGGAAAGUUGCAGUGUGUGUCUGUUGCAGAGAACCUAUAGCAGUGCCCAAGGAAAGAGACUAUGCUAUAUUCAGGUAUCUGGGUCUUUUGAGAAAGCUGGGAAGGGGAGGAGGUUGGUCAAAAUCCUCCCAGUCUUAACCUCUCACUAAAGGCCUAAUUUCUAAGGGUGCCACCUAUCAUCUUUUUUUUUUUU